AUGGUAUCUGCUACAACCUGCCUUGUCUUCGUCGGCGCGUCUGCGCUGGCCGUGCGUCUUGUUCUCUCCAUCUCUGCUCGCCGUGCGAAAAAGCGCGCCCUGCGUAAAGUGCCUGGACCCCCGAGUGCAUCCUUCCUCACAGGUAACUUGGCGGAGCUUAAUGAUGCGGAGGGCGUAGAGUUUCUCGAGCGCGUCCUCAAGGAGUACGGGCCCAUCUCCAAGUUACACGGGAUUGCUGGGGACAUCGUGCUCUGCACCUCCGACCCUCAAGCACUCUCGUACAUUCUUCAGAAGGAGGCCGAUAGCUUCUAUGAAGUCGAUCUGACCGGCACAACUGUAAUACUCGAGUACAUGUUCGGUCCGGGAUUAGUCUCGACAAACGGACCGCGUCAUCGCCGUCAACGUAGGAUGUUGAAUCCACUGUUCUCUACCGCACACAUGCGACGAUCGGCGUCUCUUGUUCAUUCUAUCACGCUCAAGUAUCGCGAGUACCUUCUCGCCGAAACGAAGAAGAGCGCGGGAUCCGUCGACGUUGCACCCGGUCUUGCACGCCUGGCGCUUGAAGUCAUCUCACAGGUAGGAUUCGGACAUAGCUUCCGUGCACUGGACGGGGGCUCGUCCGACUAUAUCCUCGCGUCGAAGGAGAUCUUACCGUCUAUAACGGGCUUGGCGCCGUUCAUCAUCCCUUUCGUUGCGUCAGGACUAUCAAGCCUUCCUCCGACUUUGCUUCGCACCGCUGGCGCCGGUUUGGCAACCAUCCUGCCUGCUUUGAAAAGUCUUAUGCGCGGCGUCGACACGAUCUUCUUGCACGCACGCAGGAUCUGGGAGGCGAAGAAGGCCGCCUUUGCUUCGGGAGAUGCUGUCUUGAAGGAAUCAGUGACGCAAGGUGGCGACUUGCUGAGUGUGCUGCUCAAAGAGAAUGCGCUUGCAACAGGAGCGGACAAGCUUCCUGAUGAUGAACUUCUGGCGCAGUUGAACACGCUCAUCGUGGCUGGCGCAGAAAGUACCUCUACCGCCGUCUGCUGCAUGCUCUAUCAUCUCGCGCUUGCUCCGAAGGUUCAAGAUGAUCUUCGCGCUGAGAUCGUCCAAGCGGGCGAGGAUCUCGGGUACGACGCCCUGAUGAACCUGCCCCUUCUCGAUGCAGUGUGCAGAGAGACCAUGCGCAAACAUGCAUUCUUCCCUUACCGCAGCCGUCUGGCCGUGAAAGCGGCCGUUAUCCCGUUCGCGAACGGAGAGACCCUCUACAUUCCGGCGGGCACCGAGGUCGUUAUGAGCAAUCAUGGUCUCAACGUCGAUCCGGCUAUCUGGGGUCCUGAUGCUCACGAAUGGCGGCCUGCGCGGUGGCUCGAGCCGCUGCCCGAGAGCGUCGUAGCCGCAAAGAUUCCCGGCGUAUACUCUAACUCCACGUCUUUCGGUUCUGGACCCAAAUCGUGCAUCGGAUACACUCUCGCGGUACUUGAAAUGAAGAGCGCUCUCGCCGUCUUGCUCCCUUCGUUCGCCUUCGAGCUGCCGGCUGACCAUGAGAUCGUCUGGCGCUCUGGUAUCACGCUCUCUCCCAGCGUCAAGGGCGAGAAAGGCUUCAAUGCCACGAUGCCAAUGCAAGUCCGGCGUGUGGAGGGAGCUGCAACUUAA